AUGAAUAACCUUGCAAAAGUUGAAUGGGUUUUAAUUUAUGGCGAAUGUCAAAGUAAUGUACGCCUAAUUGCUAUGACGUAUGCCAAACGAUAUCCAGAAAGGUACCAUCUACCUUAUAAUUAUGUUUUACGACUUUUACAAAGGUUAAAAGAGGAAGGAAGAUUUCCUGGCAGACAAAUAAUUCAACAAAGGCGUAGAGCAAAUAUGUUUGAUGACGAUACAGAAUUACAGGUACUAGCAUACAUAAGAGCUAAUCCACGUUUGUCANCGUUCGUCAAUUAGGCAUGUUGCUCGCGAAAUUGGAGUUUCAUAUAGUUAUGUUCAAAAAAUUCUAAAAAAACACAAAAUGCACCCACAUAAAAUCGUUUUGUCCAACAUUUGCGUGCAGGAGUUUCUAUUCGUAGGUUGGAAUUUAUAGCUUGGUUCAAUAUUAAAUUGUAUGAUAACUCUUUAAUUAUCAAUCAUAUUCUUUGGAGUGAUGAAUCAAAAUUCACUAAUAAUGGCAUUAUGAAUAAACAAAAUCAUCGAUGCUAGGAUGACACAAACCCACACUGGUCACGUGAAACUAAUUAUCAAACGGUUUGGGGAAUUAAUGUAUGAUGUGGGUUAGUUGGUGGAAAGCUAAUAGGACCGUUCUUUUACGAUGGUAUGCUUAAUGGCAGACGAUAUAUUAAUUUCUUAACCAAUGAACUACCAAGAUUGUUGGAUGAUGUUUCAUUAGACACACGGAGCCGUAUGUUUUUCCAGCAAGAUGGAGGACCAGCCCACAAUGCAAUUAUUGUUAGACGAUAUUUAAAUUAAAUAUUUCCAAACCGCUGGAUUGGUACUUAUGGUGUCGUUCCUUGACCUGCGCGAUCCCCAGAUUUGACGCCACUAGAUUUUUUUUUAUGGGGAUAUUUGAAGACUGUGGUUUAUGCAAAUCCACCUGUCAAUCUUCAGGAUUUAAAAAACAAAAUACAGGCAGCAUGUGAUAUUUUAAGUGAGGAGCAAAUCAAGGCGGCAACUCCAACUGAAUUUUUAAGACGACUUGAAUCAUGUAUAGAACACAAUGGUGAACAUUUUGAACAAUUCAUACGAUAA